UCUUAGACCCACGUGGUUAAUUCCACUCUAUCGGUAUAAAUACUUUUAAAAAGUAUAUAAAAGAAACAAACUCACAUGUGAGUUAUUUUUAAAAUUAAUUAGUAUAUUAAAUAAACAAAAAUGGUUUUAAAAAAGAAAUUUAAAAAAAAUGAUGAAGACAUUGAAAAGUUCGAUGAAGGUGAUAUCACGGGGAGUGAUGAUGAGUUAUCAGCAUCAGAUAGACGAUUGUUGGACAAAGUAAGAAAGAAGCACGUCCCGGAGAAUCUUGAUAGUGAUGACGAAGUUUAUGGUCUGCAAGAUGGUAACGCUGAUGAUGAUGAAGAAGAAGAUGGCUAUGAUUCAUUGGAAUCUGACAUGGACGGUCCUCGGGAAGAUGAUGGUUUACCAAACGAAAGGGCGUGGGGUAAAAAGAAAACAGCUUACUACUCAACUGAUUUCGUCGAUCCUGACUAUGAGACUUUGAGCCACAAAAAAAUGCAGGCGGCUGAGCUGGAAGAACAAGAAGCACGUACUAUUCAGCAGAGAUUAGCUCAACAAUUAGAUGAGGCUGAUUUUGGUUUAGAUUUGAUUGAACCUCAGGUUGAUAGCGAUGAAGCGCCUGAUGAAAAAGUUGUCAAAGUAGAUUGGAGUAAAAUGAGCAAGAGAAAAAGAGUUGAAUAUUUUCACAAAGAAAAUCCGGAGUUUGACAAAGUUGUUUCUGAUGUUAAAAAAUAUUUGAAAGAAGCCAAUGAAAUUCUUUCACCAUUUCUUGAUUUAGUAGAUAAAUUAAAAGUAUCUCACCCAUCAAUUGAUUUUGUUAAGAUAAAAUAUCGACUAGUGUUAAAUUAUUCUGUUAAUGUUUCAUUUUACUUGAUGCUGAAAGCAAAGAAAAUACCAGUAUCAUCUCAUCCUGUUCUUAUAAAAAUAGCACAGUAUCGAAAGCUUCUUACUCAAUUAGAAGAAAAUCAAGGUGAUAUAUUGGAUAAAGUUUCAGAGCUUGUAAAAUCAGUCAGCAAUGAAAAAUUGCUUCAAGAUAUUUUGGGAAAUCCCAAUCCAGAAGAUGAAGAGGAAAAUGGUGCAGAAAUGGAUGGCAUGAGUGAUUUAUCUAAGGACAAUAAUGAAGAAAUGGAAGAAGAUCCAGAGUUUGAGGUAUCAGGAGAAGAGAAACGUCCUAUCACUACUCAAAUUGCCAAGAAUAAGGGAUUGACACCUUACCGUAAGAAGGAACUAAAAAAUCCACGUGUAAAGCACAGGAUAAAGUUCCGUAAAGCUAACAUACGUAGAAAGGGUGCUGUCCGAGAGGUCAGGAAGGAAUUGAAACGAUAUGAUGGAGAAAUAUCAGGUAUCAAGGCUAGUGUAAAGAAGGGAAUCAAGCUUAAGUAAUUUAUCGAUUGCGUUGUCAUAUCCGAAUGUUAAUAUCUAUUUAUAUUUUUUAUGGAUUAAUUGAACGAAUAAAAAAUUUUUAAUGGAAUAAAUUUUAUUUUAUUUGAAAAUUCUGUAUGAAAAAAAAAACGAAUCAUAUACAAUCUAAGACACUUACAAAUAAAGAGUAAAUUAAAUUGAA